CGACGGCUUCAGCUCCCAAUACGUUCGAGAAGCAGUGAGUUCCCAGCGUUACACAAACCAACACCAAUGGCUCUCCUUCGCAGUAUCUCUCGUUCCCUUCCUCUCCUGGCGGGGAGGUCUGUCAGCGUCACGUCAUCGGCCAAAUAUCACGAGAAGGUCAUUGACCAUUACGAAAAUCCACGCAAUGUUGGAUCCCUCGAUAAGAAUGACUCCACAGUCGGCACAGGUCUUGUAGGAGCACCUGCCUGUGGAGAUGUAAUGAAGCUGCAGGUGAAAGUGGAUGAAAAUGGGAAGAUUAUUGACGCCAAAUUCAAGACAUUCGGAUGCGGUUCUGCCAUUGCAUCAUCAUCGCUGGCAACAGAAUGGGUAAAGGGGAAAACUAUGGAUGAAGCUCUUAAGAUAAAAAAUGUUGACAUUGCGAAGGAGCUGAAACUCCCACCUGUUAAGCUACAUUGUUCUAUGCUUGCUGAAGAUGCCAUAAAAGCAGCUCUAAGUGACUACAAGGUUAAGCAGUCAACAAAAGAGAAGGUUGCUAAGAAAAUGUGCAAUAAAACCAUAUUGAAAAAUCCUAGCCAUUUACUAAAUUCAUUGAUGAAGUGUUAGGCAUGACCUCGCAUUUCCAUGAACUUUGUUCCACUGAUAAAUAAUUUUUCCUACCAACGUCAUUUUGCGCUUUGAUCUUAGGUUAGUGAAAAAUGGUCUUACUCACUAAAUAAUACCCAGUCUUUUUCUUUUCUGUGUACGCUUCACAAGACACACUUUUCACGUGCCUCAUUUAAUAGUUGUUUACUUUCGUUUUGUUCUCUGAAUAUAAAGCUGGAAAUUUGAUUCUGAAAAGUUUAGAAGAGGGAGAACACUGAUUCUCUUAACUGUUAUAGUUCAUGCUGUGUGUAUUAGUAAUGAAAUUCAACUCUUAGUAAGAAAUAAGUUGAUUCCUCAUUGAUAUUCUUGCUUUAUUAUUUUCUUAGUAUUUGUCUUUGAGGAUAUGGAAAUCAGGUGAUACUUAGAAGCAUUAUAGAAACCGACUUUUCAGGGACUCUCGUGUUAUUUCUCUCUUGAACUUGUUAAGUUGCUCCAUUACUAGUAUUAGCCUACUUUCACGAUGGUUCUAGUAACCCAUCGACCCUUCUUAAAGGGGGAAAAAAAAUGUAUAUUAAAAUUAUGUCACAUGUUUUGUAUAUUGAAACAUGGCCUCAUAACCUACCUAAUUAAAGUAAGCUAAAAGAUGCUUUUAUCAUAUAUUUUUUAUUGAUGAAAUUCUGAAAUGUUCAUGCUGUGAACAUUAUGGUGUAUAUAAUGUAGCAAAAAUAAAAUGUAUGAAAAGAUC